AUGGCCACUCCCCUCAAACAGCUUCUAAGCGAUCUCAUUGUCGCAAACCACAUCAUUUACUCCAAAGGUGUGGUGGAUGCGUUCGGCCACAUCUCGGUGCGGCAUCCCCAUGAUCAUGAUACAUUCAUCAUGUCGGCAAACAUGGCACCUGCGUUGGUGAGCUCUGAAGCCGACUUUAUACACUAUCGUGUAUCUGAUGGGUCCCCGGUGCAAGAAACAUCCUCAAAGCACUUUAUUGAGCGAUUCAUCCACUCUGAAAUAUUCAAGAGAUACAACGAGGUCAACUGCGUGGUGCAUAGUCACGCUGAAGAGGUGCUGCCGUACGCCAUCACCGACGUGAAACUUCGGCCGGUCUUCCACAUGACAGGAUUUCUCGGCAGAGAGACACCAAUCUUUGACAUUGAGGCUUCUUACCAGACCGGGGAGCUGCACGAUUUGUUGGUCAAGGAUAUCCGGCAUGGGGCGGCUUUGGCUUCGUGUUUCUCAACCCAUGACUCAACGUCUGGCAGCGCUACUCCUUUACCCGAUCACAAUGUCGUACUCAUGCGACGCCAUGGCUUCACAGUGCUCGGCAGGAACAUCAAGGAGGCUGUGUUUCGGGCCGUCUUCACUCUCAAGAAUGCCAAAAUCCAGACAACCUCCCACAUGCUCCAACUCGCGGCUCGCCCGAACAAUGCAAGUUUGCAAGAGGCUGUGAACGGGCUAUCGGUGCAGCAGAUUACCGAUAGCUCGGCUACGACACAGGGUGUAUAUGAUAGACCGUGGGAUCUUUGGGUGGUGGAAACUCGCGCACAGGGUUUAUUUAAGAACAAGAUGCUCGAAUAG